AUGGAAAUAUUAUGGAGUCAACCGUUUCACCUCUCCAAUUCACCUCUUCUAAUCAAGACGUACUUAUCAUUCUUGUCCGAAACCUCCCAUGAUCAAUUAAAGCUUGAGAAAUGUGUCAGAACCAAGGAGAAGGAAUCAAAGUUCGUGUUUGAUUACCCUUCGUUUCUAAGGAAGUUAUCAAUUCCAUUAUUAUGUGAUGCGAUAGGAGAGUACCUUCGAAGAGAAUUAAACAUGACCGAGCUUCUCUCUUCAAAAGUGUACAUUGGUUCGUUAACGUUACAAAUCCAAGCCGCAUCUGAUCUUCAAUUAUUCCUUGACAAGCAAAAUGUUAUUUUACGUGAAAUGUGUAAAUUAAUUUAUAAUAAAGUCAACAUGAUAAAUGAAUUCGAGCUUUAUAUGUGCGUUGGCAGAGAGGAGGAUGCGUCGUUCUUUGAUCGACCAGAAAGUUGUCUGGCCGUGGAAGAAUUGAUGAAAUCACGAGAUUGUUUUAGAGGUUUGAAGGUUUUGGAAUAUUCCGGGAAGGGUGAAGUGCUUGAUUUCUUGUCAAAACAUUGUAAGAGGAUCGAAACAUUAAAAUUGCUUCCCAUCACCAAUUCAAUACCACUCAAAAUCAAAUGUUACAUCGAUCCUUCAAUUCAGUUGAUCAAUUCACAAAAAAACCUACAUAAUUUAGAAAUUCAUAAUUGGGUCACCCCCACCAUCACGUCCCUUUUACAAUCCAUUCGGUCCCAAACUGAUUCUUUAAGAAGCAUCAAGAUUAUGAAUUGUAACCUUUAUAAAGGUCAACCGUUAUGGACUUUAUCAGAAUGUCAAAAUUUAGAAGAAAUAAUAAUUAAAGGAAAUCGUAACUUCAAUGAGAGAUUACUCGUGCCUCUAAUGAAAGCCAAAUUUCAUAAUUUGAAAUCAUUUAUUUAUAAAUAUCAAAUGAACGAUUUCAUCAAUGGUGUUAUCAUUAACGAAGAAGAAUUUAUCGAGGAUGAUGUAGAUUUAAAUGAAAUAUUUUCUCGCGUUGUAUUAAACUCCAAGGAUAAUUUAAAUACCGUGGUCAUUAAUGGAUUCAAAACUUCUCAAUCUCUAAGAAAUACAUUAAAUUCGCUCAUAGAAUGUAGACAUUUGAUCGAAUUAGAUAUUACGCUUGAGAGAUCCGAAGAAUUGUUACCUUUAUUGUUAUCGAUCAUUGAAAGGAAUCAAUCACUUGAGAAGCUAUGCAUCACAUCAAACACUCCCAACCAAGCCGAGGAUCACGUUGAUGUGAGACAAGUGUUACAUUCGUUCGCGGAAGCGCUUCCUCAAACAUUUAAAUCUCUCAGAUUAUUUACACCAGAUUGGUGGUUUAGCACGAGCACUUUAAAACGAUUCUUGGGAGACGCCAAGUUUAGGAUCGAAUCGAUGUGUUGGAUGAAUCAAGGAUGUUAUCUAGAGUGUAGUGAGCUAUAA